GGGAGAGCGGUAUUAGGCCGAAAAUUUUUCAGACCCAAUUUGGCCGGCAAAAGAAAAAGCACGCGUCUUCUCUCCUCUUUGAUUUUUACACGCCAAGUUUCGAAUCUCCGUGUUUUCUUUCUUUCGUGUCUUCGUCCGUACAGCCAUGGCCUUCGUUUCGUUCGUCGGAAGAGUCCUCUUCGCUUCAGUGUUCAUUCUUUCUGCUUAUCAAGAGUUCAAUGAUUUUGGCGUUGAUGGUGGGCCAGCAGCAAAGUAUCUGAGACCAAAAUUCAGUGUUUUCUCGAAUCAUGUGUUGUCUCAGACUGGGUUGCAAGUGCCGGAAGUUCAAAUUCAACAGUUAGUGGCUGCUGCGUUAGCAUUGAAGGGCAUUGGAGGUCUUCUUUUCAUCUUUGGCAGCUCUCUUGGAGCUUAUCUUCUGCUUCUGCAUCAGGCAAUUACUACUCCUAUAUUGUAUGACUUCUAUAACUAUGAUGUUGAGAAGAAAGAAUAUACUCAACUUUUCCUGAAGUUUACACAGAAUUUGGCAUUGUUUGGGGCAUUGCUGUUCUUUAUAGGCAUGAAGAACUCAAUGCCGAGGCGACAAAUGAGGAAAAAGGCCCCCAAAACCAAGACACUGUGAAAGGAAACAUUCUGUAUUACGAGGGAUCAGUUCCUUGAUCUGUCCAAUUCUGCCUGAAUUUUGUUCAGGAACUAGUUUUGUAUGCUUAUAUCAUUGCUUCUCUUUCAAAAAUUUAGGGUAAUUAAUUUGGGUUAAAGAAGGAAUUUCAGCUUGUUUUGAGGGUGUGAUGUUUCGUACUGUGUCAAUUUAUUGACAUUCAAUUGAGGUUUAGAAAAAUUUGAAAUCUAUGGAUAUCAGAUCUUUUCAUUC